AUGAAUGAUGAUAAAAAUAAUGACGAUACAUUAUCGACGAAUGCGUCACUAGAGCAACAUGAAAAUCUUCAUGAACUAUCGAUCACACAACAACAAUUAUCGAACGGAUGUGAAUAUACGACAGUUGCCAACAACAACACAUCAUCUAAACGACGAAAACUGAUUUUACAUUUUGAUAAUCGAAAUACGUUACAAGUUGCAAAUAGUGUUUCUGCUACAACUAUUGAACAAGGCGUCAACAAUUUUUUAACAGGUGUUCUUUGGGGAUAUGAAAAUGAUGCUGGCGAAUGGUCUUGGAUAUCGGAAUAUCCAACUCUUCACAAACCAGAGCAUUCAUCAAGAUGCAUAACUUAUUUUAAAUAUUUAGAGAAUCAAAUUGUUCGAGAAGCUAUCGAUAGAAAAGAUUUACGUGCAAAAACGGGCAGUUUUGUACAUAAUGAAGGUGCACGUUUUCGGCCAUAUUACGAUGCAUUAAUUGAAUCAUUGCGGUACAAUAGAUUAGGCGGUAGUGAACGAGAACGUGAAGAUACAAUAUUAAAUAUUGAAGCAUCACAAAGGCCAACAGAAAAUGCCUCAGAAUCACAACCAAAGACACAGCCGCAUCAACAACCCGGAAAUCCUGCACGUAAACGACGUUCAUCAGUUUUACAUAAUGAUGGAGUACCUGUAAAUGGUUUUCGUUCAGCAAAUGGUACACUUUAUCAUUACAUAUUACCAUCAUUUUUUCAGCUUAUUCAAUAUUUACAAAAGACAAAUCGCGAUUUUGUUAUUUAUUUACGAACCAUGGGUGAUGAUAGUAAAAAUUUUCUUCGAAAUGCUGAACGUAUUCUUUCAAAUGAACAUCCAUCAUUUCAAUUUAGUCAUUGUCUUGAUGUUAAUCCUGAACCUGGUUGUAUUGAGCGUCCCAAAGGCGAGCCAAUACGUCUUCGAAUGAAAUUUCAAGAAGCUUCUGAUACCGAAAUCAUAAACGAUGAAUUUGCGAUUCACGAAAAACUAGAAAGUGGCUUUGGUAUAUACGCAAUAAAAGAUGAUUUUACUGCAUGGUUUCAAAAAAAUUAUCAUUAUACAAAAUCAAAACCAGUAUGGUUCGAUCCCGAUGAUAGAAGUCCUCGUUCACAUCAUAUAUUAUUUGAUGAUAAUUUUCGUGUCAUUGAUCCACAUGAUUCUAUUGUUGAUAUACGUAUAAUGAAUAGAGAAAAACAUCAAUGUUAUUCGUGUCCAUUCGAAUUUUAUCCCGAACUUGAAAACAUAUUUGCUGUACAAGCAAAUUUAUAUUUAAUAUUGGCUGAUUCCAAUUAUUAUGUAAAAACAAUUGAUGAAUGUGAAAGAAAUUUUGAUAAACUACUUGAAAAUACUCAAUUAUUAAGCAAAAUUAAAGAAAAAAGCUCUAUUCAAAAUAACGAUUAA